AUGCUUCGUAGCAUUAGAAGAAGUGCAAAGAGUUUUAAUGUCAGACAGUUGGCUACGGCUGCCGAUGCAGGUGCUAACCCUAACCGUGUCCAUGGAGGCUUGAAAGACCAGGAUCGUAUCUUCCAGAACGUCUAUGGCAAUUAUGGCCAUGACUUGAAAUCUGCCAUGAAGAUGGGCGACUGGUACAAGACCAAAGAGAUCAUCCUUAAAGGUGACAAGUGGAUUUUGGACGAGAUAAAGAAGUCCGGUUUGAGAGGCAGAGGAGGCGCCGGUUUCCCCUCUGGCCUUAAAUGGUCAUUCAUGAACCCUCCUGGAUGGGAGAAAAAUAAGGGCCCCAGAUACUUGGUGGUCAAUGCGGAUGAAGGUGAGCCAGGCACUUGUAAAGACCGUGAGAUCAUCAGAAAAGACCCCCACAAAUUGGUGGAAGGCUGUCUUUUGGCUGGUAGAGGUAUGAACGCUACUGCUGCGUACAUCUAUAUUAGAGGUGAAUUUUAUAACGAAGCCGUCAUUUUGCAGCAGGCCAUUAAUGAAGCCUAUAAGAAUGGUUUUCUCGGCAAGAAUGCUUGUGGCUCUGGUUACGAUUUUGAUGUCUACAUUCACAGAGGUAUGGGUGCUUAUAUCUGUGGUGAAGAAACUGCUUUGAUUGAGUCCAUCGAAGGUAAGGCCGGUAAGCCAAGAUUGAAGCCACCAUUCCCUGCUGGUAUCGGUUUGUUUGGUAGACCAUCGACCGUUACCAACGUCGAGACAGUUGCCGUUGCUCCAACUAUUUUGAGAAGAGGAGGUGACUGGUUCGCAUCUUUUGGUCGCGAGAGAAAUUCUGGUACCAAGUUGUUUUGUAUCUCUGGUCAUGUCAACGAACCAUGUACUGUCGAAGAAGAGAUGUCCAUUCCUUUGAAGGAGUUGUUGGAGAAACAUUGUGGAGGUGUUAAAGGUGGUUGGGACAAUUUGUUGGGAGUGAUCCCUGGUGGAUGUUCCGUGCCCAUCAUGCCUAAGGAGACUUGUGACAACGUCUUGAUGGAUUACGAUGCCUUGAGAGAUGUCGGUUCCGGUUUGGGUACCGCCGCUGUCAUUGUCAUGAACAAGCAAACUGAUAUCAUCAGAGCUAUCCAAAGAUUUUCUGCAUUUUACAAGCACGAGUCAUGUGGUCAAUGUACUCCAUGCAGAGAGGGUACUACUUGGUUGCAGAAGAUGAUGGACAGAUUUGUAACUGGACAGGCUACUGUCAAGGAAAUCGAUGAGAUCUACGAGCUCACGAAGGAAAUUGAAGGUCACACCAUUUGCGCUUUGGGUGAUGCAGCCGCUUGGCCCAUCCAAGGUUUGAUCAAGAGUUUCAGACCUGUAAUGGAGGAGAGAAUUGCCCAAUACAACCAAAAGCACAACGUUGACCUUGGCGGUUGGGUUCCAUCAGGUAAGAUCCUUGAUGGUAAGGUUGCUGACAACCCACUUCCAACUCACCACUAA